UUGAGAUCUCAAUCAGAAGUCAAUUCGAUUCGGUUUUACCGCCUCUCCUCCGAGAGUAGGACGGGCUUAUCACGGCAAUACACAACUGUUUCCGUGACUGAACGAUGGCAGUGAACCUAAGCAAAAACGGCAUUGCCCUGACAAAUGCCUACAAGGAGGUGGUAGAUGAGAAAUCCAACACCAAUUGGGCAUUGUACACCUACGAGGGGAACACUAAUGAUAUCCGAUUGGCAGAGAAGGGAGAUGGUGGACUGGAGGAACUGGUGGAGGAACUUAGCAGCGGGAAAAUUAUGUACGCGUUCUGUCGUGUCCAGGACCCAAACUCUGGCCUGUGCAAAUACGUCCUCAUCAACUGGACUGGAGAAGGUGUGAAAGAUGCCCGGAAAGGACUAUGUGCCAAUCAUGUCAGCUCCAUGGCAAAUUUUCUCAAGGGCGCCCAUGUCACAAUAAAUGCCCGUGCAGAGGAGGAUGUGGAACCUGAGGCUAUUAUGCAAAAGGUGGGCAAGGCCUCGGGGGCCAACUACAGCUUCCACAAAGAGUCCAACAAGUUCCGAGACGCUGGUCCCCAGGGACCUGUGGGCUCUGUCUAUCAGAAGACCAACGCUAUGUCUGAAAUCAAACGCACCAAUAAAGACAACUUCUGGGCGCAGGCAGAGAAAGAUGAGGAGAAGCGGCGACAGGAGGAGCGCUGCAAGGCAGACGAGGAGCGCCAGAAGCUGGAGAAAGACAGGAAGGAUCGAGAGGCCAAGGAGGCAACUCUCAGAGAGAAGAGAGACAAGGAAAGGGCCUCUAUGAUCGACCAGCAGAAGAAGUACCAGCAGCAGCAGGAAGCUGAGAGCAGAGAAGAUGAGAAACAACAAUGGGAGGAGCAGGAGAAGGACUUCCAGGCAACUCAGAAGAAAGGGAUGAAGCGUGGUGAAUCUGUGGAGAAAGCCAAUGAGGCAGCCAAUCUGAUCUCACAGCGCUCUAUGAACCCCAGAGAGAUGUUCAAGCAGAAAGAGAAGGGCAUGGACACCCCUGCCCACACCACUUCCAGCCCCCAGCCAGAACCCAGUGUGGAUGAGCUCGUUGUGGAUGAGUCAUCCCAGUCUGAGUGCUUGGAUGAGCAGGAUGCAACCCCUGUUCAGGAUGCAGUCCCUGAGGAACAGUGGCAAGAUGAAGUGAAGGCACCAGCUCCUCCCACUCAGCACAACCAUCCCACAGAGCCAGCCCAAAAUGAUCUCUAUGAGGAGCCCCCACAGGUGGAAGAGAACACAUUUGAGGUGCCUGCAGGGGAGAAGACGGACCGAGGUGUCUGUGCCAGGGCUCUAUACGACUACCAGGCUGCUGAUGACACAGAGAUCUCCUUCGAUCCUGAUGACAUCAUCACUGGCAUCGAGAUGAUUGACGAGGGCUGGUGGCGGGGCUACAGCCCAGACGGGCAUUUUGGAAUGUUCCCAGCCAAUUACGUGGAGGUUAUUUAGGUCCAUACCUCGCCCACUCACUAGAUCAGCAUAUUGGAGGCAGAAUAGAAAAGAUCCCCCCCCCCCAGAAUAAUUUGGCAGUAGGAAAACUGCUUGGUCCAGAACACAGCAGGUCAGAAGUAACUCAACAGUGAACCCUUUAGAAUAGUUUGCUGAACUGUAUCUGCCACAUUAUGGACCAAUAUAUGAACAAUAACCAUGGGACCAGGGGUCGCGCAAAUCUAUCCCUGUUGAAGGAAGCAAUUCAAUUAUGUUGUUGAUGUUGUGAGCCAUUAGAUGGCAUAGUUUAGGUUUUGAUGAAAACCCAUAUACUGGCCAACCCCAAACUGAAUCUCUUACCUUCUAAUGUGAUGCAGUAAAUUGUCAGGCUUUUUAGAUUUUUCAAUUCAAGUUUCCAUUGCGAACAUUAAUAGCACUUGUAGAUCACAUUCCUUAAAAAGUGAAUCCGGUUUUGUUCCAGAUAUACUAUUUUUGUUAUUUGUAGCAUUCACUCCUGUUGGGUUCAGGAUAAUAUUUCAUAGCUCACAUAAUGGUACCAACUAUGAUCUUUGGCCUUUUUUUGCCUUUUCCUCAGACUAAUAUUUUAUGUGAGUAUUUCUUUGUCAGAAAUGAUUUUGCUUGAAAGGAAUCCUGUGUGAAUACUGUUGGUAUUGCAGUGGAAUUGAAUAUUAGAAAACCAAAAGGUUCUAUAUUUGCUAUGCUCUCUGGGUGGCUGAACUUGAGGGAAAAUAGGGGUGUAAAUAAUGACAAUCAUAUUCUUGUGACAUACUUGUAUUUGUAUUUUUUUACUACAGCUGAAGUCCAUAAGUUUACAUACACUUAGGUUGGACUCAUUAAAACACAGUUUUGGCAAGUCGGUUAGGACAUCUAUUUUGUGCAUGACACAAGUCAUUUUUCCAACAAUUGUUUAGACAGAUUAUUUCACAUAUAAUUCACUGUAUUACAAUUCCAGUGGGGCAGAAGUUUACAUACACUAAGUUGACUGCCUUUUAAACGCCUUGGAAAAUUCCAGAAAAUGAUGUCAUGGCUUUAGAAGCUUCUGAUAGGCUAAUUGACAUAAUUUGAGUCAAUUGGAGGUGUACCUGUGGAUGUAUUUCAAGACCUUUCUUCAAACUCUGUGCCUCUUUGAUUGACAUCAUGGGAAAAUCAAAAGAAAUCAGCCAAGAACUCAAACUUGUAGACCUCCAAGUCUGGUUCAUCCUUGGGAGCAAUUUCCAAACGCCUGAAGGUACCAAGUUCAUCUGUACAAACAAUAGUAUGCAAGUAUAAACACCAUGGGACCAUGCAGCCGUCAUACCGCUCAGGAAGGAGACGUGUUCUUUCUCUUAGUGAUGAAUGCACUUUGGUGCAAAAAGUGCAAAUCAAUCCCAGAACAACAGCAAAGGACCUUGUGAAGAUGCUGGAGGAAACGGGUACAAACUUAUCUAUAUCCACAGUCAAAUGAGUCCUAUAUCGACAUAACCUGAAAGGCCGCUCAGCAAGGAAGACGCCACUGCUCCAAAACCACCAUAAAAAAGCCAGACUACGGUUUGCAACUGCACAUGGGGACAAAGAUUGUACUUUUUGUCAUCUGGUCUGAUGAAACAUAAAUAGAACAGUUUGGCCAUAAUGACCAUCGUUAUGUUUGGAGGAAGGGGGAUGCUUGCAAGCCGAAGAACACCAUCCCAACUGUGACGCACGGGGGUGGCAGCAUCAUGUUGUGCGGGUGCUUUGCUGCAGGAGGGACUGGUGCACUUCACAAAAUGGAUGGCAUCAUGAGAAAGAAAUUAUGUGGAUAUAUUGAAGCAACAUCUCAAGGCAUCAGUUAAAGCUUGGUCGCAAAUGGGUCUUCCAAAUGGACAAUGACCCCCAGCAUACUUCCAAAGUUUUUUGCAAAAUGGCUUAAGGACAAGAAAGUCAAGGUAUUGGAGUGGCCAUCAGAAAGCCCUGACCUCAAUCAUAUAGAAAAUUUGUGGGCAAAACUGGAAAAAGUGUGUACAAUCAAGGAGGAAUGGGCCAAAGUUCACCCAACUUAUUGUGGAAGGCUACCCAAAACAUUUGACCCAAGUUAAACAAUUUAAUGGCAACGCUACCAAAUAUUGAAUAUCUCACCCCCUGGGAAUGUGAUGAAAGAAAUAAUUCUCUACUAUUAUUCUGACAUUUCACAAUCUUAAAAUUAAAGUGGUGAUCCUAACUGACCUAAGACAGGGAAUUCUAACUACGAUUAUAUGUCAGGAAUUGUAAAAAACUGAGUUUUAUGUAUUUGGCUAAGGUGUAUGUAAACUUCUGACUUCAACUGUAUAUGAUGGUUAUGCUAAAGAGCUCAUCCCCAUAUCCUCCCUGCUCUCUUCAGCCCCUGGAGAAUUUGUUUAAUGGACUAUUUCAGGGACCAGUUACACAAAACAAAGCAGAAGUCAUAUUUCCUCUCUCGUGCUGUUGCCGUUUUCAUAUGUAUCCUGGGUAGGGUUGCAGAAUUCUGGAAACUUUCAAUAAAUUCCCUGGUUUUCCUGAAAUCGUGGUUGGAGGAAUCCUGGAAUCAGGAAGGGCAUAAACAGGAAAUCUGGAAUCUUCCAAACAGGAUUUCUGGAAAAUCUGGAAAUUCAUUGAAAGUUCCCAGAAUUUUGCAACCCUGGUCCUGUGUACAACUAGUCUCUGCUUAAGCAGUCUUUCACAGCCAGGUCCAGCUUCCAUCAAAAUACAGGUCUGUGAUUGGCUUAACCUAGCAGAAGAGCCUUGAUCAGAUGCUGUUAUCUUGUGACAGUGCCAAAGGAGGGGAACAGGAUGACGUCGUCCUCUGGAAAGUGCUUUCUCUCAUUUUUCAACUGUGUUGAAACUCCAUAACCAUUAGGCUAUGCAACGUCACUGCUUUUUAAUUUAUAAUGAAAUCGUUGUGGAAGAAAAAGUUUGAGACAUUGUCACUUUAAUUAAUGAUAAAGGAAUUAAUGAAUGAUUUAAAACCGGUCAUGGUCAUUUCAAGGUGUGAUGUAUCCAUGUUUUUGUUUUUCAAGAGUAUAUUGUAAUGCAAAUAUGUUCAUCAUAAUUAAAAGAGUUAAAGUAAAAUGUG